UAGACUGUUUUUUUUUCUUCUACACUGCACCCCACAGAUCAGUGGAGUUUUUCAUGCGCACUGCAUGUGAAAGUAAAAUCACAUGCGAGUAAAAAGACUGGAGAAUGUCUUGAGAAGGCUUGAUUUUUAAGAGGACAUGAGAUGUUUUAGUGAAGAGGAGAGGAAAAACCCAGAGGAAUGACAGCGUGGGAAAAAGAUGGCAUUCAGAGGGGACACUGAACAACCAAGUGGAGAGGAUCUUUAAAAGAUGGAGGACAUAGGAGGAGAAGCUGUACGGGAUAGGAUGAGUUUGGGUUGGAGGGGGAUGGAGGGACAGAGAAUGGCGUGAGGACCAAGGACAGUGGUUGGUUUGAUCUGAGCCACGUGUGCGUCCAGCCACGUCUCUUUGCUGCUUCAUGGAUGCCGAUGAAACGCUAGUUUCCCAUGCCGCCCGGUCCCUUCCGUCUAAGCCCAGGUUUCCUGAGAUGAGAUGAGAUGACGCACGGGUCCUCAAAGAAGAAAUUCCUCAGCCUGUCAUUCUCUAGUGGUUUACAGCUCAGCAACUAGUGUCACAGUGUAUAUGAACCUAUGCACUCAUAUCCUCAGACUGUGAUUAUUCUGCAUAGCUCCCAGAUAUCAGUCCCUUUAAGCAAACAGUGAUGAAGCACAACAAUACCUGAAUAAGGGAAACUCCCCCGAUUAUAAGUGAAAACAGGCUCUAUUGGCAAUGCCAUCAUUUUGCUAUAUGAUAUGCUUAAAACAGAGAUUCAAGCUGAGGAACAUGCUCUACCUCCACAACACUGGGCAGCCAUGAACUCUGCACUGCCAUCCUCUCUCUCCUCAGCCAUGAAUAUAACUGUAAGCUGAUAGUAUGUGAUCAACCACACUGUGGGACCAACAUCCUGCUGCUUCAUCUUCUCAAUAAAUCCUAGCUGGACAACAGUAUUCAGUCACUGCUUUUAAAAUGGCAGCGGAGAGUUUCCAGCACAGGACAGAGGACAACAAGCUCCAGCCAGCUGAUUACCUGACGUCAUCAUUAUCAUCGCUCCAUCUCAGGGAUGAGGCGGUCGUCACGAAUGAGAACACCAACCAUAUUGAGGAUAAUCCUGAGACCCAUUCAGCAUUUCCUGUGAUGAUGUCAUUAAUGCUUAACCAAUCGCUACAGCAGGGAGACAUAUCGAUGGCUAGCAGGCCUGAGCCUCCACCAGCAGAUCAAGAGUUCCUGGAAAGUGAAAUGGGCCAAAGUGAAAGUGAGGCGCAGUCCGACACCCUGACUGUGUUCUUGCAGGACCUUUCCUCUUAUGAUCAGAACGAUGGUACAUCUCCAGGAAAACCCAACUGCAACAAGGAGGAAGGAGAAAUUCAACCAGAGAACAAAAUAACCAAAGAUAUGGCAGCAUGUGACUGCAGCGCUGAUGACCACCAGCUGUUUGAAGCAGAGUGGUACUGGGGCAACAUCUCAAGAGAGGAAGUAAAUGAGAUGAUGAGAAACACUCCUGAUGGCACAUUCCUGGUCCGAGAUGCUUCCAGUAGAACUAAAGGAGAAUACACUCUGACAUUACGAAAAGAUGGUUCCAACAGACUAAUAAAAAUCUUCCAUCAUGGGGGGAAGUAUGGCUUUUCUGAGCCACUGGCAUUUUCAUCUGUGGUGGAUCUGAUCCAGUAUUACCAGAAGAAGUCACUGGCCCAAUAUAACUCUAAACUGGAUACACGGUUACUAUAUCCAGUAUCCAGAAACCAGCAGCAGCAGGUUGUGAUGGAAGCUGACAUUGAUGCAGCUGGAGAACAGCUGAGGAUAUUUCAGGAUCAAUACAAAGAGAAGAGCAAAGAGUAUGACCGCCUAUUUGAAGAGCUGAAUCUGACCUCCCAGGAACUGCAGAGCAAGCGGACUGCCAUUGAGGCUUUCAGUGAAAUCAUUCGCAUCUUUGAGGAGGAAUGUGAAACUCAGGAGCGCUACAGCAAGGAAUACAUCGACAUGUUUCUCACAUUAGACAGCAGUACAGAGACUGACAAGAUUCAAAGCAACUCAGAGGAACUGCAGUCAAGGGUUGAAGAGAUCCACAACAGCAAGAAGAAGUUAGAGGAUGAGCUGAGGAAGAAGGCACUAGUUCACAUGGAGGUAGACAGGAAAAUGAACAAACUGAAGCCUGACCUUGUGCAGCUCCGGAAGCUCAGAGAUCAAUACCUGGUCUGGCUAACUCAACAAGGCACCAGGCAGAACCAGAUAAAUGACUGGCUGGGAAUCAGGAGUGACGAAGAAGACCCAUACACCCUAGCAGAUGAUACCCACCAGGAGGAGAGGAGCUGGUACGUUGGUGGUAUGAGACGAAAAGAGGCAGAGGAGCUGCUCAGUGGGAAAAGGGAUGGGACCUUCUUAAUCAGAGACAGCCAGACUCAGAGAGGCUCCUUUGCCUGCUCUGUCGUUGUGGAUGGGGAAGUCAAACACUGUGUGAUCUACAGGACCUCCACAGGAUACGGCUUCGCUGAGCCCUACAACCUCUACUCAUCCCUGAGAGAGCUCGUCCUUCACUACCGACACACAUCCCUGAUCCAACACAACCAGCAGCUGAAUGUAACCCUGGCCUGGCCUGCUCUCAGCCAGCAGCCCAGCUGAGACACACCAGCACACACUCUGAUGGCACUUCACAGUACACAUUACAUCAACUGCGGACACACCCAAACGGACACUAUUACCAAGCUCAAACAGCAUACCGGUUAGUGUCCUCGCCGCACGAUAAUUUUCAGUGCUAAAAUUGGAUAAAGUAAUAAUCCAACAUUGUUCUGAUGCCAAACAACAAUCAUCAGUAAACUAGAGUCAAGGUGACUUAGCAGAAUUCAAGCAGUUUAGCCACGUUAUGCGGAAUAUUUGUUUUCUGUAGUUUAAACCUGUAAACCAGUUCAGGUGAGCAGGGAUCCAGUUUGAGACAGAGAGCUACUUCCAUGAGCCAGACUGGAGCCUUGUUUUAAUCUCUUUUCUUCAAAAGUUAUUUCUAUUGUUUUAAAAAAAUCCAUUUUACUUCUCAUCAGCACAAAAAGGUUGCUAGAUUUAAUUUGUACUUUGCUUUAGCAGAAGUCACCAGUAAAUAUUCAACUGAACUGAACUAGGACAGAAAUCCUGCCUCACUAGUUUCCCCAAAUGUGCUGCAAAAAUCUGUGCAGUAAAUUGGAUUCAGAAUACAUGCCAAAGACAUCCAUAUCAUUUAAGGGAAAAAAAAAAAAGAUACAAAAAGGCAGUAUUUUUUCUUCUGGCACUGCAGCAUUUAUUUCAAUUAUUCACUAGUCCUGAAGCUCAAUAAUCCAGCACAAGUUUCUACUUUUUUUUUCCCGAAAGGCAAGCACAAGAAAUUACCGUUACCAAUGAGAAGCUA